GAUAGGUACUAUGCACCGAAGAUAAGCAUAGACAUCCAGGAGUCCCUCUCGGGCCACGGUAUAGAGUACGGGCAGAGGAGCGAUAUGGACCCGGCCGGCGCGGGGAAGGCGACGGCGGCGGCGGCGGCUGUGUGCGUGACGGGCGCGGGAGGCUUCAUCGCCUCGUGGCUCGUGGAGCGCCUCCUCGCCGGAGGAGACUACGCGGUGCAUGGCACCGUUCAUGAUCCUGGCAACCCCAAGAAUGACCACCUGAGGACGCUGGACGGCGCCGGCGAGCAGCUGCGGCUGUUCAACGUCGACGUGCUGGACUACGCGAGUGUGGCGUCCGCCGUGGCCGGCUGUGCCGGCGUCUUCCACGUCGCCAGCCCAUGCCCCGCCACCAAAUCCAUGAACCCCGAGUUUACAGAAGGAGUACUUGUCUUUCAAGACGCUGGCCGAACGCGAGGCCUGGGCUUACGCAGAGAAGACCGGGCUAGACGUGGUGACCGUGUGCCCACCGCUGGUGUUCGGGCCUCUGCUGCAGCCCACGGUGAACACCAGCAGCUUGUUCCUCAUCAGAUACCUGAAAUGCGACGGCGUGGACGCCAUGGACGACAGGGUGAGGAACAUGGUGGACGUCAGGGACGUCGCCGACGCCCUUGUGCUAGCGUACGAGAGCCCAGAGGCGGCCGGCCGCUACAUCUGCAGCGCGCACGCCAGGAAGGUGUCCGAAAUGGUUUCCAUCGUCAGGAGCCUGCAUCCCAACCUGAACUGCGCAAACAGGUUCGUUCGGCUGGUGGGAGAUGAGAAGGUGUUCAGCACAGAGAAGCUGCAGAGGCUGGGGUGGAAGUUCAGGACGCUGGAGGAGACGCUCAAGGACAGCGUCGAGUCCUACAUGUCUGCAGGCAUACUCAACUGAGUAUGCCCCAAGGUUGCGCGCGGAGCGUAGCAAGGUGGGCAUUUUGUUUCCUAAAGAGCACUGCAGAUGUGGCGCUAGUUUCAGUUCAAGGACAGCACGGUAGCUAAUGCAAUGAUCAAACGGUAGUGUGAAAUUGUAUUGAUCAAACUAGUGUAACAAAUACCACAAUUUCUAUAUGUAAGUUGACUGAAUUUGUAAUUUACGUAAGUCGGUUUUAUGGGAAAA